UCAGUUGAUAAAAGAAGAUUAUAGAUCUGUCUCAUUCAAUAUAUAAGCUAGUUUCCUAUCAGAUCAAGUGACUUGAAAUCAAUUGGGUGUUGCAAUAGUGAAGUGACCAUGGCAGCUAUUAUCAAACUUAGUCUUUUUGUGAUUGCUUUAAUCGCAAUGGUCAACUCGCAGCGCGUCGUUGAUGUUCCCAAGGAUAUGCCUCCAAAUCUGCCCUGGAUCCCACAAUGGGUGGACUGCGAAUUCGACUUCGAAACCUUUAAAAAUGGUCCCACCUGCAACGACUGCUACACCACUUACUACUGCACGCCUAAAGGAGGAAUCUUGAGGAACUGCUUCGGAUGGAGCCCUUACUGCGUUGAUGGGAAAUGUGUUAAGGAACCUAGUGCUGAUUGCGCAGUUGCUGAGACUGUCACUGAUGUUUAUUAGGAUCUGAGAGUUUGAUUGUUAAUUGGGUUAUAUGCAUAUUAUGAUCAAAUUAUGUAUAAUAAAUCGUGCUAUGCUUA